GAUUGACAGCAUUAGCCUCUCAGUCAACAAACUAGCAGCAGCAACAUGUACAAGCUCCUCCUCGUCGUCGCCCUUUUCGGAUGUGCCCUGGCUGCCCCCUUGAACGAUGAUAAGAUCACCAAGUUCCUGGCCAACCAGGACACCGAUGGAACCUACGCCUACGAUGUCCAACAACAAAGUGGUCUCCAGAUCCAGGAGGAGGGUCAGGCUGGACAUUAUGCUCGCGGUUCCUUCUCCUACACCUCUCCCGAGGGCGUUCCCGUCCAGCUGAUCUACACUGCCGAUGAGUUCGGCUUCCACCCACAGUCCAACCUCCUGCCCACUCCCCCACCAAUCCCAGAGGCAAUCCUGCGCUCCAUCCAAUUCAUCCAGGAGCAUCCCACUCCCGAGGAGUUGGCCGAUCGUCAAGUCCGCGCCCAACAGAUCUAAAUCAGGAUCACCAAUUAGUCUUAGUCUUAAGUUUGCCCAAGAAGUCUACGCAUGAUUUGUUAAUCCAUUUCGAACGAUUAAAGCCAUCCAGCAUCCGCUGUUGUUAAUUGAA